GUAGCGCGCUGAAGGGGGCGUCCGGCUGUGUAGCUGCUCGCGAAGCGGUGUGCUGGAGCGUACUCCGUGGGGACACGGACCGGCUGCCCAGCCCUUCAUGUCGCUGGGGGCGACUGCGCGAGGUCAGGUUGUUUUUCAUCACUGAGAACCUUGCCUGAAGCAGGCCCACUAUGCCGUUAGUAACCAGGAACAUCGAGCCAAGGCACCUGUGCCGUCAGACGUUGCCUAGCGAUACAAGCGAGCUGGAAUGCAGGACCAACAUCACCCUGGCAAAUGUCAUCCGACAGCUGGGCAGCCUGAGUAAAUAUGCAGAGGACAUUUUCGGAGAGAUUUGUACUCAAGCAAGUGCCUUUGCCUCCCGAGUAAACUCCCUUGCUGAGCGGGUUGACCGAGUACAAGUUAAAGUCACUCAGCUGGAUCCCAAGGAAGAGGAAGUGUCACUACAAGGAAUCAACACUCGAAAGGCCUUCAGAAGCUCUACCAUCCAAGACCAGAAGCUUUUUGACAGAAAUUCUCUCCCAGUGCCCGUCUUAGAGACCUAUAACAGCUGUGACGCUCCUCCCCCUCUUAACAAUCUAAGUCCUUACAGGGAUGAUGGAAAGGAGGCACUCAAAUUCUACACCAACCCUUCGUACUUCUUUGAUCUUUGGAAGGAGAAGAUGCUGCAGGACACCAAGGAUAUCAUGAAAGAGAAGAGAAAGCAUAGGAAAGAAAAGAAAGAUAAUCCAAAUAGAGGGAAUGUGAACCCACGUAAAAUCAAGACUCGAAAGGAAGAGUGGGAGAAGAUGAAAAUGGGUCAAGAAUUCGUAGAGUCCAAGGAGAAGCUGGGACCUUCUGGGUAUUCAUCUGCCUUGGUGUACCAGAAUGGCAGCAUCGGCUCUGUUGAAAAUGUGGAUGUGGCUAGCUACCCACCACCUCCACAGUCAGACUCUGCCUCCUCACCUUCCCCUUCCUUCUCUGAAGACAACUUGCCUCCCCCGCCAGCAGAAUUCAGCUACCCUGCAGACAUCCAAAGAGGAUCUGUCCUGGCUGGACCCAAAAGAACCAGCAUGGUCAGCCCUAGCCAUCCACCCCCAGCUCCUCCUCUGAGCUCUCCACCAGGUCCCAAACCUGGCUUUUCUCCUCCCCCUGCCCCUCCCCCUCCUCCUCCAAUGAGUGUGCCACCUCCACUACCAUCUAUAGGAUUCGGGUCUCCUGGGACCCCUCCACCACCGUCACCUCCAUCUUUCCCUCCUCACCCAGAUUUUGCUGCUCCUCCACCACCUCCCCCACCACCAGCAGCUGAUUACCCAAUGCUACCACCUCCCUUGUCCCAACCCUCUGGAGGUGCUCCUCCCCCUCCUCCUCCCCCUCCCCCUCCAGGGCCCCCGCCUCUCCCCUUCAGUGGUGCUGAUGGCCAGCCUGCUGCACCACCACCACCUCUUUCUGAUGCCACCAAGCCCAAGUCUUCGUUGCCUGCCGUGAGUGAUGCGCGUAGUGACCUGCUUUCUGCCAUCCGCCAAGGCUUUCAGCUGCGAAGGGUUGAAGAGCAGCGGGAACAGGAGAAGCGGGAUGUGGUGGGCAAUGAUGUGGCCACCAUCCUGUCCCGUCGGAUUGCUGUCGAGUACAGUGACUCGGAAGAUGAUUCCUCUGAAUUUGAUGAAGACGACUGGUCGGAUUAACUUUCUGCCUGUUGCCCACAUUCCUCUUUCUGUUCCUCCCACCUGCCUUCUCCGAUACAAACUGUAACAGUCUCAUGGGGGGAAGAAAGGAAGGACAAAAAACUGCAAGGGGCCAAAGCCUUCUCUGGAACAACCAAAGAUCUAUCCGAGUGCUUCCUGCAAAUUCCCAUGUACUUCUUCCCCUGUUCCUGCCUGUAGGCUCCUGGGGGUCUGUAGCUGAGCUGAUCCAUCUUCCCCUCAAGUGACUGUUAUAUAUUGACAGGAAGGAAAAACCCUACAGCAGAUCCCUUUGCUUGGGUUUCAGCUGGAGAUAGUGCCUUCCCUGAUAACCGUUUUAACCCAUGGCCUUCCUCAAAACCCUUGAAUUUAGCUACUUCAAAUAAUGUUGUCCACCUCCUGGUCUUACAGCAGUGGGUACAGCCUGUGUUGACGCAGCUGGUCCCUUUUCUGUGCCCUGAAACUAUAAAUUAGCAGGCCAAGUGCCCUGGCAAGCAGACGUCUGUCACAGCCCUGCCCACACUCAGCCUUCUGCAGCAGGUAGGCCUGCUUCUGUUCAGCCUUUGUUCCAGAAGGCAUCAGGCCUCUAAAGACUAUCUCACUCCUGCCCAGAAGUGAUGCCCUUCAGAAGGCUGAGGCUGUGGCCUUCCUCCCAUGCUCCCUCUUGGAGAGUAUGGUGUUUGGGUGUCCUCUGAAUGCCCUCUUCACCCCAGGUGCCUUAAGACUGCACAGCCCAGUUUUAACCUCUAAUACUCAUGACCAAAUUAGCCCUGACACACAGGGACCUGGGCCUCUGCUGACUGUCAGGAGCAAAACUUGAAGGUGUGGCACCACAGAACUGGAAGAGAAUGGAACACCUUGGGUCCUGCCAGCUCAGAAUGCUGAGGCCAAGAUGAGGAGUGACUCUCUCAAGGUCACACAGAUAGUGAUAGAACAAGAGCCCAGGCUUCCUGUUUCCAAGUCACCUGUGUUUCCUGGGACCAAAUAACGAGCACCUGCUGGAGUCUGGGCAGAACAGCCUGGCUCUGUCUACUCCAGAGCUCUCAAAUGCAGGGGUUGCGUUUGGAGGGCUCACAGCCUGUGGCAGCCUCUCUUGUAACCGUUUAUUUCCCCUGUCUGUCUCCAGCCAGUCAUGUGGCAUGGGAGCUGUGCUGGGGGAGCAGAGCCGAGGAGCAGUGGGGCAGCCAGCCUUGGCAGGUGCCUUUGCAGUUCACUGCAGCUCCCUCCCCCUUUUGUCUCCUCAAUUUGAGCAUAGGUUGUGCCAGCUGUAGAAACUUCAGUCCCUUGGGCUGGCAGCCACAGCAGGUACCUGCCUGGGGGGGCCUGGCAGCCAUGGAGAAGGCUGAGAGGCAGAAGGACACGGGUUCUUCUUCCUGCCUCCACCUUGCUGUGCAUGGUGAUGCUGACCCCCUUUACCUCCCUUCCCAGAACUAAUACACGGGUGCUAUUAGUCAGGAAAACUGAGCAACUCUGGCCAGCAGCAAGGUUUCUUCUCUACUGCCCCAACUAUUGUGUGGCCUCUUGUGCUGAAAUCAGCUUCUCUGGCUUCAGAGCCUGAAACAAAGAGAAACAGGAUCUGUCUCUACCCAGCACAGCAAAUGGUUGUAGUAAUUGCCAAAGCCCUCAUAAACCCCUCCGGCUUGAGGAGAGUGCAAUCAUGGCUCUGUCGCCUGCACUUGCUGAGUCCCUCCCCUCUGCCUCCUUUCUUGAACUCAGAGGUAGGGACUAAACAAGCAGGUGCCAGCAGGCCCUCCUGCUGUGGCUACUCCAGAGUGCUAUGUGUCUCCAUGUGUCCGUGUUCCCCCACCCCCCAAAUCCAGUGCCUGGCACAGGGUUUGGCACUCAACUCCAUGCUGUGCGUGUUUCCCACCCUGUGCCUUAGAAGCUGAAGGUGCUUUCAUUAGAACCUUAAAAUGACUUGAUGGUACCCUGGCUGCAGCCCAGCGGGGGGCUGGAGAGGCAGGGGAGGGCAGUGGUCCUUCCAAAUAGAAGUCCUGGGGCCUGGCCAGGCCAGGGUUUGGGCCUAAUGGUUUUUACUAAAUUACUCCCCUCCUGCUCUCCGAUAAAAGGGAGCCAGAGCAGCUCACUGUGGUUCUGUUCCGACCUUGAAGGGGCGGUAUUGGCCUGGCUUCUGGAAUGGACAGAGUCCACCAGGAAAGACUGGGGGCGGGAGGAGAUGGGGAGGGGCCCUGUCUGCGGAAGGUAGGAUUAGAUCAUUAGCUCAGUGACCUCCUAGGGUUUGGAUGUGCUGUGCUCUCAUCCUACAGCUGGUUUGGUAAUGAUCUGCAAGUCCCGGAGAGCAACAGCACAGCUCUGCCUGACGCUCUCAUUAAAAUCCAUGCAGCCCAGCUCUGUGCUUUGUAGCCCAGCCUUACAGAGCCUCCUCAGUGUGGGGGGCUGGUUACCCAGGCAGCUGAGAGGUCCUCCAGACUCUACUUAGGCAUGUGUACCCCCCCCAAAAAAAAAUUUGUUUUUUUAAACAUGCUUCUUUAAACUCAGAGCCCUUUAAAAUAAUAAAGGACCCGGUGUAGGUGGGUGUGUCUGUGGAAUCUUGUGAGUGUAGAAUACAAAGUUUAGUGACUGUUUAAACUGGGCUGAGGCUGCUGGGAAGAGCAUAAAGCAGUGGCCCAUGAGGACUCUUAAGUGCUGAAGCCAGAGCCACCUCCUUUCCCUGCCCAGCCCAGGGGGCCUGCCCCCGUUCCUGCAGCCCAGGGGCCCAGCUUGCAGUUGGUAGUGUCAGAAGUGACUUGUAGCUUUGCCUUGGCUGUGAGAUGAUUUCAUUCCAGGGGAGGGGGUGGGGGGGGAUCCCUUGGAGGCUCAGAGCAGCUGGCCCAGGCUCCGGCUUGCCUCCUGUGGAAGCUUGAGCGCCCUCAGAAACGACCCUGGCCAAUGUCACCGCAGAGCUGAGGCGGUGCUGUCAGGGCUAAUGUGAAGUCUCUUCCCGUGGCGCCGAUCCACUGACUCUCUAGCGCCAGCUUGGACAGAUUGAGGUCUCUGUGGCUUUGGUGACCCUGCUUAAGCAUUCCCACCGUGUCCCUGCUCUGCACUAGGACUGCCUCCUGCUGCAGCCCUUACUUGACCUCGGGGCCUGGGGAAGGAAGCACUGCCAGGGCCAGGCGCUCCAACUCAGGAGAUGUGUCAGCCUUUGGGGGAGGGGGAAUUAAGCUUUGAGCUUGGCUGGUGCCCAUCCGACCUGGGACCAGGUGUUACACAGAGAUGCGCUUCUCCUGUGCUUCCUGCCUCGUUCACUUUAGUAGGGCCUCAGUGAAGACUGAGAACAAUUCUGCUCCUGUGUUAACUUUAUUCAGUUAAUUGACUUGAGAAACUAACUGAUCUUUACUUUCUGCCUAGAUGAUGCACACAUAGGAGAGGAAGCUAUCAUGUUCCCAAAGUGCCUUGUUUUCUCUCAUAUAUAUUUAUAAGGACAUAUUCCAAUAAGUUCUUGGUGUUGCCCAUGUCAAGACUUCUAUGAGCUAAUACAUAGUGGGAAUACUGUCUAAAAAAUGGACCCUUUUCUCGCAAAGGUUGAGGGGGGAUCUGAGCAGUGGGACGAAGCCACCCCCUUCUGCCCGUCAUACAGGUAAAAGAACAUCCACAAUUUUUUUUUUAAGAUAGGGUUUCAGGUAGGCUGUUGCCGGUCUUGACCUUACUAUGUGGCUGAAGAUGGCCUUGAACUCCUGACCCCCUGCCUCAGCCAUGCCUGGCUAGGACAUCCAAUAUUUUUGUUUCAAGUCUGGUUUCAUUUGCAUCACUGCCAGGCUUAUUGUGUGUACCAUAUUUGUACUCCAGUAACCUGAAGGUUUCCUGUAACUUGUGUAUGCGCAUGAAUACUUUAAAUGCCAACCUUUUCAAUAAUUUGAUAAAGUCUUUGUAGUCACCCAGUCA